AUGAGGCGAAUCCCCAGCCACACAAGAGCAGCAAAAGACAUGUAUCGCACUCUCGUGCGCUUGUCGUCCCUUCCCACCAUCGCUGAUGGUUGCAUGGCACGCUGUCUCACCGGCGGCACGUCGCCACUGUGCUUCGCCUCGAUAGCAGCGUCGGGAGGGUCACUGCUACAGUCACGCCGGUUCCACGGCCACGGCGGCGACCGCGACAAGAUGGUCCAGGUGGAGUUUACUCUCCCAGAUGGCGAGAAUAAGAUGGUGGUGGGCUACGAAGGCCAGACACUGCUUGAUGUGUGUGCCGAACAAGGGUUACCAAUGGAGGGGGCGUGUGGCGGAUCGUGCGCCUGCUCCACGUGCCACGUUUACUUGGAGGAGAAGGAUAUGGACCUCUUCCAGGAGCCAACAGACGAGGAGAACGACAUGAUUGACCAGGCAUUCUACCCGGAGCCAACGUCACGUCUUGGAUGUCAGCUGAAACUGAAGCGUUGCAUGCAUGACGGGUUGAAGGUCAGGAUGCCUCGCGCUACCCGCAACAUGUACGUGGACGGUGCCAAGGUGGUGCCCCACUGA